AGAGCACCACACUGUUGCUGCUGCUGUGUACUGCACUAGCAAAUGUAGUAAUUCAGAAGAAUGUAAGAGCUCCCUCGGAUCGAGGGCACAGCCCACUCUUUCGUCAGAUUUCUACGCUCAGCCCACCUUCAAAGUAAAGAGAAAUUAAUAGAAUCCAGAUGUUUCGAUUGCAUGAAGAACUUUGCAGAGCAGCGCCAGCUGAAGAGGGUCUGCUGACUGAAAGUACAGACAUGGAGUGAUAAAGAUUCUUAAAGAGGACCCAAUACUUGGAAUGAAAAUAUUGCCAUCAUGAGUCAACAAGGCUAUGUUGCAGCUCCUCCAUAUUCCCAAUCCCAGCCAGGAAUAGGAGGCUUUUCUGCAGGUUUUGGACCACCUAACUCUUCACCUCAUUAUGGGCAUUGUGGGGACCCUAACUCCUCAUACUCAGCAACUCAACCAGGUGUGUCGAAAUCAACUGUGCCUUUUGGAUCUUCGGCCCCUGCUGGGCCUCCACCACCUGGUACACAUCAAUUCAGCCAGACCAACUUCCAAAAUGGGCCCAGUACACCAGGGCAGCAGCCACAUAGGUUUCAAGGCCCUCCACCUCCAAGCAAUACAGGACCUUCCUAUCCUCCCUACAGUCGUCAGUCACAACCAGCCUACCUAAAUACUGCAUCCACUUCACCUACAGCACAACUUGUUAACCAGCUCAACAGCAUGCAGAUAAAUAGCUAUGGUCCUGACACUGCUCCGAGCUCUCGCAUGUCUUCUGGGCAUCCGGCAUCUUUUCAGGGUCCACAACUACCACCACCAACUCAGCAGCAGAUCACUUUACCACCUGGAUCACAGGUUCCUCCAUCAGCAAAUAACGGCCUUUGUGCUCAACCAUCAUUGCCUCCCAUGGCCAGACAAGAUGGAAUCCCUGGACCUGUCCCUCCAAAUCCUAACUUUCAGCAGCUUCCAGCACAGCCUCCAGGGCCUGGAUAUCAUCCUCGGCAAGCAAACUAUGGUCCUCAGAUGGCAGGAUCUCAACUGUCUUAUCCUGGUGCUUUUCCUGGAGGUCCUCCACAGCUCCCAGGUCCACAGCAGAAGAAGCUUGAUCCUGACUCUAUUCCAAGCCCAAUUCAAGUAAUUGAAAAUGAUAAGGCUUCUAGGGGAGGGCAGAUCUAUGCUACAAAUACAAGAGGACAGGUUCCUCCUCUUGUCACCACGGACUGCGUAAUCCAAGACCAAGGCCACGCCAGCCCUCGUUAUAUCCGAUGUACUACCUACUGCUUCCCGUUGUCUUCAGAUAUGGCCAAACAGGCUCGCAUUCCACUGGCAGCUGUCAUCCAGCCUUUCGCUAUUGUACCACCAAAUGAGACACCUCUUUAUGUUGUAAACCAUGGCGAGACUGGACCAAUCCGAUGCAACCGGUGCAAAGCUUAUAUGUGUCCUUUCAUGCAGUUUAUUGAAGGUGGGAGAAGAUACCAGUGUGGAUUUUGCAACUGUAUCAAUGAUGUCCCUCCAUUCUUCUUUCAACAUCUGGACCACAUUGGCCGACGGGUAGACCACUAUGAAAGGCCUGAGCUAUCACUGGGAUCUUAUGAAUAUGUUGCUACUUUGGAUUAUUGCCGAAACAACAAGCCUCCAAAGCCACCAGCUUAUAUCUUCAUGAUUGAUGUAUCGUACAGAAACGUAAACAGUGGCCUAGUUAAACUCAUAUGUGAUGAACUGAAGACUCUGCUAGAUAAACUUCCAAGAGAAGAGCAAGAAGAAUCCUCAGCAAUUCGAGUUGGUUUUGUCACUUAUAACAAGGUCCUCCACUUCUUUAAUGUAAAAAGCAGUUUAGCUCAGCCUCAGAUGAUGGUGGUCUCAGAUGUUGGAGAAGUUUUUGUUCCUUUGCUGGAUGGUUUCCUUGUUAACUUUUGGGAAUCACGAUCUGUUGUUAUCAACUUGUUGGACCAGAUUCCAGAGAUGUUUGCAGACACUAACAAGAGUGAGACCAUCUUUGCUCCUGUUAUCCAGGCUGGCAUGGAGGCCCUAAAGGCCGCAGAAUGUGCUGGAAAAUUGUUUAUCUUCCAUUCCUCACUGCCGACUGCGGAAGCACCAGGGAAGCUGAGAAGCAGAGAUGACAAAAAACUACUGAAUACAGAUAAAGAAAAGACACUCUUCCAGCCCCAGUUAAAUUCUUACGAGGCCUUAGCCAGGGACUGCGUGGCUAAUGGCUGCUGCGUGAAUUUGUUCCUCUUCCCAAAUCAGUACGUAGAUGUAGCCUCCAUGGGCCUUGUCACAAUGUACACGGGAGGAACAUUGUACAAGUACAACAAUUUCCAGCUCGAUGCUGACAGCCCACAGUUCCUAAGUGACCUCAGGAAGGACAUAGAAAAAAAGACAGGAUUUGAUGCCAUAAUGAGGGUUCGGACAAGUACAGGCUUCAGGGCUACGGACUUCUUUGGUGCUAUUUACAUGAACAACACGACGGAUGUAGAGAUGGCAGCAGUUGACUGUGACAAGGCAGUGACAGUGGAGUUCAAACAUGAUGACAAACUGAAUGAAGACAGUGGAGCCUUAAUCCAGUGUGCUGUCCUUUACACCUCAAUAAGCGGGCAAAGAAGACUUCGCAUACACAAUAUAGGUUUAAAUUGUAGUUCCCAGUUAGCUGAUGUCUACAAGACUUGUGAGACUGAUGCACUUAUCAACUUCUUUGCUAAAUCAGCUUUUAAAGCCAUUCUAAGCCAACCACUGAAGAUGGUCAGAGAGAUCCUGGUGAAUCAGACAGCUCACAUGUUGGCGUGUUACCGGAAGAACUGUGCCAGCCCAUCGGCAGUAAGCCAGCUCAUCCUUCCGGAUGCAAUGAAGGUACUGCCAGUGUACAUGAACUGUCUGUUGAAGAGCUGUGUGCUGGUCAGCAGACCAGAAAUCCCAACUGAUGAGAGAGCCUACCAUCGGCAGCUGGUCAUGGCUAUGGGGGUUGCUGACACACAGUUGUUUUUCUAUCCCCAGCUUCUGCCAAUUCACAGCCUGGAUCUGAAGAGUGAUGCUGUGCCAGCUGCCAUCCGCUGCUCCGAGGAACGUCUCUCAGAAGGAGGGGCCUUCCUUCUGGCCAACGGUCUGAGUAUGUUCCUGUGGCUGGGAGUGAGCACGCCCCCUGAACUCAUCCAAGGGCUUUUCAACGUGCCAUCCUUUGCACACAUCAGCACCGAGGCUACAUCACUGCCUGACCUGGACAACCCCUUUUCAAAGAAACUUAAGUCAAUACUGGAGCAUAUCCAGAGCCAAAAGCCGUACACUAUGAAGCUGAUUAUAGUGAAACAACGGGAGCAGCCAGAGAUACUUUUCCGACAGUUCCUAGUAGAAGACAAGAGUAUUUAUGGAGGAGCUUCUUAUGUGGAUUUCUUAUGCUGUGUUCACAAAGAGAUCUGCCAGCUGCUCAGUUAAGGAAAUGCAAGUAUAAUUUAUCAGUUACUUUUUGAUUUUGCAAGAGGGACAGUCAUUGGUGCCUGAAGGCCGGCCCACAGCUCUGCUGUACCCAAGGCAUUCCACUGUGCUUUAGGGAUCCUUUUCUCUGCUCUUUUUUCGUACAGUUUCAUUUCAUACCACCUCUCACUGAGUAUUUAGCUUACUUUCUAAACUGUAGAAUAGGAAAUACUGCACUCAGGUAUUAAUCUUCUGGGAGUCCUGACUCUUUUUUACUAAGUGAAUUGCCAGAUUUCAAACUGUCAAUGCUUAAGAACAUAUGGUAUGCAUUUAUUAAAAUAUAAUUUAGAACACUCCUUAGUUAUUCCUUUUGCUAGUCAUAAAUUGUACAAGAGCCAGGAAAGAUGAUUAAAAUCUAUUCAGAAAAGGGAAAAAAAAUAUGCAAAACACUGCUUUUUCUGAGUGAGAGCAUACAGUUGAAUCAGAUUUGCAGUAAUCAUGUAGUUCAAUCUGAGUACUUCAGUAACCUUCCACACCUGGGGUUAUCCAGGAUGCAAAAAAUGCCUCAGUUACAACUGGACUUCAGUAAAUUUAACAACAGUGGACCAUAGGAACAACAGUGAUCAGACAAUCCUUUUGCUAAGUUUGGCGGAUAAUGCUACGCUAUUAUGGGACAAUUCUGUAGUCUUAAGGGCAGCAGUUUAGCACACUAUUUAAAUUACAUUUCCAAAAUUGAACAUAUAUUUCAUACAUUUGCUAACUGGAAUAUUCCCAAUACAGCUUAGAUAAACUUAGAUAAAUUUCAGUGGCAGAGCAACUGUAAGACAGUUGACACAUUAACCAAAGGUUACUUGUGGUGCUAUAAAAAGAAAGCCUCUUAUUUAAUACCGGUUCUAUUACAGUGACCUCCUCUCACAUGACUGAUCUAUUCAACAGUCACUGCUUUGAAAAAUAAGCCUUGCUAAUCUCAAUAUUUAAGGUAGAAUUAUAGCCAGUCUUUAGAAGAGCUGUUUGUUUACCUCAGUUACUUCAUCAGUCUGUCUGUAUCUUUAGGACCAAUGCCUCUGCAUGUGAGAUUUGAACUUUUCCAAACUUGAAAAGCUAUUGUUACAAAAAAAUCAGUGUUUCAAAGAAAGCAAAAAAAACCCUCAAAAAUAAGGGUAAGAGUUGGGCCUCAUUAAAAAUAAGUGCCUUUAAACAUGUUAGUGUCACUACUUAGUAUUAAUCAUUUUAAUAUCCAAGGUAAACAGUCAAGAUGCAUAUUUUUUUGGUUUGACAGCUUAUCAAAACAGUUGUAUCCUUGCGCAUUGACUAAGAGCUCUUAAAAUAAGCAGCUAUAUUACAAAAGGAGCCUUGGCAGCUGAAUUCAGCUGCCAAGACAAGCACCUUUUAGCUGAAGACAUUACCCUGUAUAAAGUAUUUGUUGCCAUUCCAAAUCAGUAUACUUUGUAAAAUAACACCAGCAAUGCUAUGUGUAAAGAAAUAAGCAAUUAUUAAAUAUAAUCAUUGUGUGUGUGUUUAUUC